AUGCCCCCGUAUGUCGCCCGUGAUGCUAUCCUGAGGACUUCAAAGACGCUUUCGCAUCUGCUGAGACCUACUGUUCGCUUUGCUCACACACAGCGCAGGACUUUGCCUGACUUCUCGCUUGAAGGCAAGGUCGCUGUUGCUAAUGUGGCAUGCAGUGCCUCUCAAGGUCUUGGUCAACAGAUCCUCGCCGCCUUCGCCCUUUCGGGCGCCCAUGGAGCCAUUGUAGACCUUAAGCAAGAAGGUGCUGACAGAUCAGCCAGUGCGCUCGUUGAAGAAGCUAAGAAUCAGGGUCUCCCACCCCCGAAGGUGCAUGGCUACGAGUGCGACACAUCUUCCGAGGAAGGCGUCAAAUCUACGUGGGAAAAGAUUGUCCAAGACUUUGGAACCGUCGAUAUUCUCGUUACGAAUGCUGGUAUUACUGGUGGCGCACCAGCCGAGGACUACCCUUUCGAAGACUUCAAACGAAUGAUCGACGUCAAUCUGACUAGAACCUUCCUGUUCUCUCGCACAUCAGGUAAAUGGUGGAUUGACAACAAGGUCGACGGCCGCAUCCUGAUCGUCUCGUCAAUGUCCGGCUCCAUUGUCAACCGCCCGCAGAAGCAGUCGGCAUACAACGCUUCCAAGGCUGCAUCGGCCCAUCUCAUGAAGUCACUGGCGUCAGAGUGGGCGCCGCACGGCAUCCGCGUUAAUGCGCUGAGCCCGGGAUAUAUCCAGACCGAGGCGAACGAGGGGGAAGAGAUGGAGAAGCUGAGCAAAGAUGACGCUAGCAGCUACGUCACGGGUAGUGAGAUUAUCGUGGAUGGGGGAUACACUAUCUGGUGA